AUUAUUAUUAUUAUUAUUAUUAUUAUUUGUUCAUCCACUUUCAGCAGCACAAGGGAGAUGCCUUCCCUGCGCUGUCGUCUUCAACCUCAGCGCCUCACGAGGUUCUUCUCUUCCUCAGAUGCCUCACUUCCGUUCGACGAAGCCACUGUUUCCGACCUCAUAUCAAAGCAGCAUUGGUCCAAGCUCAAACCACUUCUCAAGCCCUCAAGCCCCACUACGGUUCUCCAACUUCUAUUCGACUCAGAGGCCGACCCAGAUGUGAUUCUCAGGUACUUCAAAUGGUCCCAGAUAGAGUAUAGAUCUUCGCACAAUCUUGAGUCGUAUUGUAGACUCUUGCACAUGUUAGCUAACACAAAAAGGUAUAGAAAAAUCAGGGCUUGUUUGGAUUCUUUUGUUAAGAAUGAAUCCCACUCGGUUUCUUCCAUUUUUCAUAUGCUUUCGGUCUGUAGCGAUCGAUUUUGCGCGAAUUCGAUCAUUGUUGAUAUCUUGGUAUUGGCGUACGUUAAGAAUUUGAAGAUUGAUUUGGCAAUUGAAGCGUUUGAUCGAGCGGGGGAUUAUGGGUUGAAGUUAUCUGUGGUGUCUUGUAAUCCAUUGUUGAGUGCUUUGGUUAAGGAGAGAAGAACUGGGGUUUUGGAAUUCAUGUAUAAGGAGAUGAUGAGGAGGAGGAUUGAGUUGAAUUUAAUUACUUUUAAUAUUGUGAUUAAUGGGUUGUGUAAGGCUGGGAAGUUGCUCAGAGCAGGGGAUAUAGUUGAGGACAUGAAGGCGUGGGGGUUUUGGCCAUCUGUAAUAACGUAUAAUACACUUAUUGAUGGGUAUUGCAAGAUGGGUGGGGCGGGAAAAAUGUAUAAGGCUGAUGCUCUUGUAAAGGAAAUGGUGUCGAAGAAAAUUUUCCCCAAUGAGACUACUUAUAACAUUUUGAUUGAUGCGUUUUGCAAGGACGAGAAUGUUUCGGCUGCUAUGAAAGUGUUUAAGGAGAUGCAAGGGCAGGAUAUGAAGCCGAAUGUGGUCACUUAUAAUUCUUUGAUCAAUGGUUUAUGUGGUGAUGGAAAGCUUGAUGAUGCUAUUGGCUUGCGUGAUGAAAUGUUGGAUUUGGGUUUGAAGCCAGACAUUGUUACUUGUAAUGCCCUUAUUAAUGGAUUCUCCAAGAAGAAUAUGCUGAAGGAAGCUAGAGAGUUGUUGGAUGAUACUGCAAAACAAGGGUUGUCUCCUACUGCUAUAACCUUUAAUACUUUGAUUGAUGCCUAUUGUAAGGCUGGGAGAAUGGAUGAAGCAAUUGCUAUACGUAGUCUCAUGUUGGAACGAGGGAUUUUCCCCUCUGUUUCAACCUAUAAUUGCCUAAUUGCUGGUUUCUAUAGAGAGGAGAACGUGAAGGAGGCUAGGAAGCUAUUCAAUGAAAUUGAAACUGAGGGUUUGAAGGCCAAUGUUGUAACAUAUAACAUACUGAUAGAUGCUAAGUGCAGGGCAGGAGAGUCAAGAAAAGCAGUUGAACUUUUGGAUGAAAUGCUUGAUAUAGGUUUGAACCCGACUCAUGUGACCUACAAUACUUUGAUUGAUGGCUACUGUAGGGAAGGAAACCUCAGGGCGGCUUUGAAUUUGAGGGCACGGAUGGUAAAAGAAGGGAAACGAGCAAAUGUUGUGACUUACAAUAUCUUGAUUAAGGGUUUCUGUAAGAAGGGCAAGCUAGAAGAAGCAAAUGGGCUUUUGAAUGAGAUGUUAGAGAAGGGUUUGAUUCCAAAUCGAACAACCUAUGAUAUAGUUAGGGAGGAAAUGAUGGAGAUGGGUUUUGUUCCAGAUAUUGAUGGGCAUCUGUAUUAUGGAUCUUUUAGUGCUUAACACUGUGAAUGGAAAAAAUGAAUUGUUGAUUGACCAAUAUUUAUAUGUCAUUGCGGGUUAUGAACUUCAUCGAUUCCAUAUAUGACAAUGCAUUCCAUAGUAUAGCAGUUUGAGACAGCUCCUGGAGUUUACCGUCCUCAUCUGAUUCAGGUGCAUUUUUGAACUUGUAAAUACAACAUGUAAAAUUUAACAUGACAUGAAAUAUGAAUUAUUUAUGUUGUCUAGAAGAGAAAUCAAACUGUAUAAUAGUUGGAGAGGAAGGACAAAGUAUAACUAUUGAUUUUGAAUCGUAAAUGUUUCUUUUUCA